CUCCCUCCCUCUGCUGACAAGUGUACAAGACUUGUGCGGCGUCACUGAGAGGGAAAGAGAGGUCAGAGAGGGAGAGCGAAAGAGAGAGGGAGACAGAAAGAGAGGGAGCGAACUGAACGGAGCAUCUAAGAGGAUAACUGCCUGUUUGUUCACUGUGUCUCUACUCCUGCUCUCCCUCCCAUUCUGUCUCACACACGUGCCUGCACACACACUCUCAGACACACACACACACACACACACACACACACACACGCACUGACAUUCACCUGCAAAGCCACAGUGCUCAGGCUGGGAGAUGAAGAGGCUCACAGUUGAGGAGAUGAAUUUGGGGAGAAGAGAGUGAAACAGAGGGCACAGCAGAGGGAGAGAGAGGGGGGGAACAAAUGGAGUACUCACUGAUUAUACUAGGGAACGGAGGAUCGGAGCACACAAAGCAGCAGUGACAGAGAGGAGUGAAAGAAAUAAAGAAAAAACUGGAGCGAUGUGAAAAUGAAAGAAUACCAAAGAUCAACAAACAGCGAGGAGGAAAGAGAAGAAGAAGCAUGUGAGUGAAACAGUAAAGUGAGAGAAGAGAAGAAGAGGUGGUGUGUGUGACUCCUCUGUUCAGUGUCCUGAAGGAUAUACCGAGCAUCACUUUACUUCUACCCAAACAGCCCACGACAGAGGGAGAGGAGGACUAGUCCCAGGAGAGGAGGGAAAAGAAAAACAGAUAAUCGGAGGGCAAGUGUAAAAUACUGAUAUAAGGAAUACAUGCUCUUGGUUGGUGCAGUGGAUUAACUGGAACCCAGGCUAUUCUGUUAUCCUGCACAAAGAGUGGAAGAUGAGUCACUGAGAAGAGGUACUGGAGGAGAGAGAGAGAGGGGAGAGAAUGUGAGAGAGGAAGAUAGACCAUUAUGGGGAGUCGCACAGUGCUGUCCCACAUCUUACCAAUCCAUUCUUCCUCCAGCCCCCUGGGACAAUGCUAAGCGGACAGGAAGGGCCAGCCUGUAUAUUCGGGGGAUGGGAAGGAUGGAUAAGGUGUAUUCAGAGGAGCUGUGCCUAUUCGCCGGUAGAUACAGUGUCCCUGUCACGAUUCCAUCUCCUGGGAUGUUAUUAGAGGUACGUUGGCGCUGAGUGCAUCCAGGAGUCAUGCAACAUAACUGUGUGCCCUGCUCUCAUGCUCACCUCUCUCUUCUGGUUCUUCUGACUUAUUUAAUGUGAAAUAACAUGUUCUCUUUUAGAUGUAGAUUUUGUACGAGGCAUACUUUAAGUUGGCACUUGCUCCCAUGUUUAAUGUGCUGACGUUAUUAUACUUUUAUUGCGGCUCUAUGGAACUGCUCUUUAUACGGAAAUCAGGAAGCUGAGUGGACAAAAAUUAUAAGUAAAUGAAGUUCUGUGGACUAUGAGACUCCGGUUCACCCUGAAGACUUACUUUAUGAUGUUAAAGCUCAGAAUACAGUUCUCUCUAUCCAUAGUCUGAUUAAAGCACAGACCUUCUGGCUUUGGUUACAUUUCUCAGGAAGUCAGAUAGCUAGAGAAACACACACACCUGAGAAAGGACCAGUUCUAUGGAGUACUGCAGAAGGGGGAUGGCAGGACGGACGGCACUGCAGUGUGACAGUUAUCUCAAAUCACCUCUAUGAUCACUCAAACCAACAAGCUACAGCUGUCGCCCCAGAUCUGCUUGGUGAUGGAACUCCAGCUCAACAAAUGCGACAUUACAUGUAUCCCAUUGUCAUAGAGAAGAAACGAAUUGUCAACAGACAAAUUGCAUUGAGAUAGAAUAGAAUUAACUCCCUACUCUCUGACAGAGGACUUUAUCACGUCAAACGGCCUGCAGGGACUGUGGAUGUCGGGGGGAAGAACAAGACGCCACAGGAGACAUGGUGAGCAAAGAGCCGAAUCACUUGCUCAUUGGCCAAUACACCAACAGCAAUACCGCCGACAAACCGCCUGGCGCCAUGACCGUGCGCUCCGUGCUGCUCAACCGCGACUCGCCGGACAUCGAAAGCCGCCUCAAGCGCCGCCGCAACCGCACCCACCAGGUGCGCUUCAAAGACCUGGAGGAUGGCGUUGUUGGCAGGACCACUGGCGCUGGAACCAAAGGCCCAGAGAGGACUGCCGCUGAGCGUGACAGCCCCCACCCCCUGCGGAAGAACACCCCCAUGAGCCCCAUGGCCCCCCAGGGAUGGCUAACAGAGAGGUCAAUGGGGGACGAGGUUUCCUCCAACCAGGCCUCGGUGGUUGGGGCUGUCCGAGGAGAUAUGGCAGACACUAUUGAGGUAGUGGCAGCAUUUUUGGCACGGGCGCCCCCUCACCCGCUUACCCCGGGGCCCACGCGCCGCUGCUGGGCACCACCAUCGCCCCCACGGCCUUGCUCCCUCACACUACCUCUCUCCCGGAGGCAGUGCGCCAGCAUGGCCAUCCAGACCCCCUCCUGCCUCAUGAAGCCCAAGCCACGGGCGCCCUCGGCUGUCAGCACGCGCAACCGAAAUGUGGGGGACUCGGUGGGGGUGAAUGGGGAUGACGAACAGGACGAUAAAAAGGAUGAGUACUACACUACCCACAACCACAUUUCAGAACCUGCAUCUAUAGAUGGAAAUGGCCUUGGGUCUAAGGCUAAACAGGGAUUGGUGGACCAACCCCACUGCCUCAGGACUAGCGAGGCUAACACUGAGGCUAACGCCAGCUCCCCUGCUGUUGGGAAUCACGUGGACUCUUCCAGGCAUGACUCUUCUUCUUCCCCUCCCCCAGUUUGGCUUCGGCACACUGCAGAGCCUUGCUACUGCGGUUCUGUGACCUGUGGGAGGGAGGGAUCUAAACGCCAGGGGAGUGCAACUCGGUCACAAGUAAGGAGGAGAUGGCGCAUGAACCGUGGUAUCAGUGACCCGGGAAGGGAGGUGUCCUACUGUACCACUCCCACACAGACAGACAGUCCCUGUGUCUCCCCUCCUAACUCCCCACCUCCCUCAACUGUGCAGCCCUGCACCUCCCCACCUCCCUCGACUGUGCAGCCCUGCACCUCCCCACCUCCCUCGACUGUGCAGCCCUGCACCUCCCCACCUCCUUCGACUGUGCAGCCCUGCACCUCCCCACCUCCUUCGACUGUGCAGCCCUGCACCUCCCCACCUCCCUCGACUGUGCAGCCCUGCACCUCCCCACCUCCCUCGACUGUGCAGCCCUGCACCUCCCCACCUCCCUCAACUGUGCAGCCCUGCACCACCCAAACACAAACUGACCGUCUCUGCGCCUCCCCGCCUCCUCCCACCGUGCAGCACUGCGCCUCCCCGCCUCCUCCCACCGUGCAGCACUACGCCUCCCCACCUCCCUCGACUGUGGAACCCUCCACCCCCAAAACUCAGACUGGGGGAGAGGAGGAUACUUCCACCACCACCCCCGCCCCCUCCCCCGUACACCCCACGCAAAGAGGGGUGAGUUGCACCCCAGGCUCGGCCUGCCAGGCGCCCCUGCUCAGGCGGGCGAGUGAGAAGGAGAGGUCAAGAAGAUCAGGGUCACCCCUGCCCUGUCCUCGAGCCAGCUCUCUGAAACAGAGAGCUCAAACACCCUUGGCGGUCCCUCUGAAAGGGAACCAGGCGGACCAGGGCUCCUCGCCCACCAAGGCCAUCUCCAGACCCACCUGCCUGGGCCAGGCUCAGGCUCAGCUAGGGGCUCAGCUUGGGGCCCUCCAUAAAAUUCUCUGCUCUGGGACCAACACCCCCAACAGCCAGCAAGCUCUCCCCCCUGGCCAGUGCCUGUCCGGGGCCCGUGGCUGCUCUGGCUCUGGAGGGGGCCCCACGGUUGGGCCCCUGACCUCCACCCAGGCUGACACCCUGAGGCAGGUGCAGGAAAUCCUGGGGGGGCUGGUGUCGGGGGCCAGGAGUAAACUGGAUCCGACCUGGGUAGCAGAGAAACUGAUGGGCCCCAACGGGCCCCUGCACGACAUCCGGAGCCUGCAGACCCAGCUGCACAGCAUGGAAGGGGUCCUGGAGACUAGCCAGAACACCAUCAAGGUCCUGCUGGACGUCAUACAGGACCUGGAGAAGAAGGAGGCAGAGAGAGAUGGGAGACACUCCUACCGGACGGGUCAGGACAUAGAGAACUGUGGCACGUGCAGAGACUGUGCCUGCAUCAUAUACAGUGUGGAGCAUGACUUCCGGCUGCAGGAGGGGGCAGUAACCCGCACGUGGCGGGUAGGAGACCCUCCAGAGGGCUCCCCCCUAGCCGCUGUGACCCCCCAGCCCACCACGCCACACCGCCAGGACUCACCCCUGCCGGUGACACCGGCACGCCCCCCUCACAGCGGCAAGAAGAGCCGGAAGAAGUGCUUUUGGUUCUUGUGAAUUUUAAAAAGGGGAAGAGUAGGGAAGGACACGAUGAAUUAGGACACUCCUUCUAAAGACUGCGGAGGACUGAGUGGUAGUGUGUGGAGUGUGGGGCCCAGAUAUGGAAGGAGAGAGAAAGAUAAAAACGGACGCUCAAAACAAGUGUUAGAAGAAGCAAGCAAACAAGAGGGAAAAUGAAAAACAAAUGAAAAAAAGUGAGGUAUAAAAGAGAUAUUAAAGAGGUAUGAUGGCAGUUAAAGGACCUGGAAGAACCCUAGUGUGGUGAUGAAUGGAAUCUGUUUUGAUCCUGACGUGUUUGAACUGUAUAGAGUGGAGAGUGGAACAUGCAUGUGUUGUCGUAGCGCCGAAAUGCCUCUUCAGCACCUGACAUCAGUUGUUCGUGCGGGGAGGGAUGCACUGUAAAAUGUGCUGAAGUCUUCUGAAAAACUUGACCUACCUGGUAGGGGCAAUUAUAGAAAUGAAAGUGUAGAAGAUGAAAAGGAAAAAGGAGAAAAGAAAGGAUAGGGAAGUGACUAAGUAUAAAAGGCUAGGGAGUCAAAACGAGAGGAAAAGAAUGAGUGUACAGAGAGAAGAGAGGAAGGAUUCAUCCUCAUCACUAAUGGACAAAUGAGGGUCAGAACACCAGCUUUUAUAUCCAGAGAUGUUUCAGCCAAUCAAUUAUUAUGAUGACCCUUAUUUCAAACUUUUAAUAGAAUUGAUCAUUCAAAAACUACACACACAAGGUCAUGCUGAGAAAUGCACCACAAGAAAAAGUGAGGGUAAAAAAAAAGAUUAAAGUGUACAUAAAAGUGAGAGUGAUCUACUGCUUGAAUUGCUAUAUUUCAGAUAUGGAUUACUGGUCUAUAAACUAUUUUACCACAA